UAUAAACUUGGCCGCUGAUAAUCUCUUACCGGGUGUUAUCAACGACAUUUGUAACGAAUGUUCGUUCCUUAUUCGAGCAAUGUCAUCAGAUUUAGAUUUUUCCUGGGAUUAAUUUCUUUUUUUUCUUUUGUGCGUGAGUGUUUUAUAUGAAAAUAUGGGUCAGCGAGUUUCGAGAAUAGAUUUCGAGUGGGUUUAUACGGAGGAACCGCAUGCCACGCGGCGGAAAAUAAUUCUUGAAAAAUAUCCACAAAUUAAGAAAUUAUUUGGAUAUGAUCCAAAUUUCAAAUGGAUAGUCACUUGUAUGGUAUUAAUACAAUUUCUAUCUUUCUUUAUAGUCAAGGAUUUGAGUUAUCCAAAACUUUUGAUAUUAGCAUAUUGUUUUGGUGGUGUGAUAAAUCAUUCCCUUAUGCUUGCCGUACAUGAGAUAGCUCAUAAUCUUGCCUUUGGACAUGCCAGACCUAUGGCUAAUCGACUGUUUGGUCUUUUUGCAAAUUUGCCAAUAGGAGUACCAAUGUCUAUUAGUUUUAAGAAAUAUCACCUUGAACACCAUCGUUAUCAAGGAAAUGAGAAAUUAGAUACAGAUUUACCGACGUUAUUAGAGGCAAAGUUAUUUUGUACAACUUUUGGGAAAUUUUGUUGGCUAUUGUUACAACCAUUUUUUUAUUCUUUCCGUCCUCUCAUAACAUAUCCAAAAGUACCAACUCCUUUAGAAUAUAUUAAUCUUGUGAUACAGUUAAUAUUUGAUGGCUAUGUGUGGUACUAUUUUGGUGGCAAAGUAUUAUUUUACCUGCUCAUUGGUUCGCUUCUUGCAAUGGGAUUACAUCCUGUUGCAGGACAUUUCAUAUCUGAGCAUUAUAUGUAUAAGAAAGGUUUUGAGACAUAUAGUUAUUAUGGUCCUCUAAACUUCAUCACUUUCAAUGUUGGCUAUCAUAAUGAGCACCAUGACUUUCCCGCAGUGCCUGGUUCUAGAUUACCAGAGGUGAAACGUAUAGCUGCCGAAUUUUAUGAUAACUUGCCACAGCAUAAUUCGUGGGUAUCAGUUUUGUACGACUUUGUAAUGGAUCCUGAAAUUGGACCAUACGCGAGAAUAAAAAGGAAACAUCGAGGAUUAGAUCAAUAGAUAUUACAAUUUUUUUAAAACUCGGAUGCAUUUGUGAUGUAUUAAUUUUCUUGUGCUUUCGUUCAAAAACACAGUUUAUGAUAUGUGAUACUCAUGUGACACAUGAGUUCUUUUAAGAACAAACUGUAUAAUUAUUCAUAAAUUAAAAAAUGUUUAAAAUA